AUGCAGCUCACCAAGCUUGCCAGCAUUCUCUUCUAUGCCACUGCUACAUCAGCCAUCACAGUGUCAUACGACACGGGCUACGACGAUGCAACUCGCUCCUUGGCAGCAGUGGCGUGCUCAGACGGCACCAAUGGAGUCAUGUGGAAAUACAACUGGAAGGUCCAGGGUGAUGUGAAGAACUUCCCCUUCAUUGGAGGAUCGGAAGCAAUCGGUGGCUGGAACUCUCCCAACUGCGGCACUUGCUGGGCGGCGACAUACAACGGCCGCACAAUCCAUAUCUUAGCCAUCGAUCACGCUGCCCAUGGGCUCAACAUCGGUCUGACAGCUAUGAAUGCGCUUACGAACAAUAAGGCAGUCGAAUUAGGUCGUGUUGAUGCGCACGUCGUGCAGGUACCUCUCAGUAACUGUGGGCUCUGA